UUCAGCUGUUCUUAGCAUUGUUGAAUGUAUACAAACAACCACAUGCAAUGCAUUGAGCUCUGUUUUGCAGUUUCCUAGGAUUGGGGUAUAUAAACGGUUCAAGCUCAUGUGUUGUUGAUGAAGAAUAGAUAUUGUGUCUCAGAUUGCAACUUCUACAGAACUGCAGCCUGAUUCAAGGUGAAUGUGACCAGAGCACCGAAAAGGUGCAGCUGGAUCAGAAAUCAUGCAAAACACUGGAGUGCACAAGUACUUGUGCCUCGUGAUCUGGAUUCUACAGAUCAACUUUUCAGGAGCCCAACGUGUCUUGAGAGUAACCCCUAAACUGGGCAGUACAAAUGGAGCAACACGGCUGACCAUUGAGGGAAAUGGUUUUGCGCAGCAGAGUCAGUUCAGUUUUGAUAACAGCAACCCUGACAUCGGCAACACUGUGACUUUGGUGUCCAGCACCAGAUCAUUUCCCUGCGACGUAGAGAAAGAUGCCACCCUUUCUACCAAAAUCACAUGCUACACUAGAGCAAUGCCUCAAGAUGACUACAUGCUCAUUGUCAAAGUGGAUGGCGUUCCCAUUCCCUCUAGUGGAGUGUGCAAUGGAUAUCCCUGGACUUACUGGUGUAUAUUCUAUACUCGCUGGUACAGGACACCUUCCAUCCAGACUAUGACCCCUGUCACUGGUCUUCCAGGGACCAUAGUUACUCUCCGGGGGAGAAUUUUUACUGAUGUCUAUGGCAGCAACACAGCAACAAGCUCCAACGGGCUUGAUGUGAGAUUUCUAAGAGCAUAUAUGGGUGGAAUGCCAUGCAAUCUUUUGGUACCUAACUCAGACACACUAUACGGCUUGACUUUGGAUUCUAACACCAGCGACUGGGGUUACAUGAGCUGUAAAGUGACUGGAACGUAUGUAGGACAUCACAACCUGAGCUACAUUCUUGACAGUGAAUUCGGAAGGAGCUUGCCAGACUUUGGGGUCUAUCGUGUGUCAGCAUUGAAUAAACUUGCAAUGUUUCAGACUUAUGCAGAGGUUACUGGAGUGUACCCUUCUCAGGGUAGUAUGCUUGGAGGCACUUUGCUCACCAUUAAGGGGAACUACUUUGAUCAGACAGAUGAGCCGGCGAAGGUUUUGGUGGCAGGUCGGGAAUGUACUGUACAGAGCGUGACAGAUGAGACGAUCGUUUGUGCCACACCAGCGUAUGAAUGGAACAACAUGACAGUGUUUCCAGGUGGCAGAGGGUUGAAAAUGGAGAUGUGGAAUAACAGCAGACCACAACGUUUAGAAGAGGUUCUAACCUAUAACUCCAGCCGGCCGGGAUACUCAGUCCAAUGGGUGGACUCAUUGUCCUAUUUGUGGCCCCUUGAAUUGGAUUAUUUUGUAGCUCGAUUCAGCGGCUUUUUCGUUCCCAUGGAGACAGACAACUACUAUUUUCUAGUUAAAGCAGACGACCGAGUUCAGGUGUAUUUCAGUAAAACUGGACGGCCAGAGGAUAAGGUCAUGAUUGCAUAUACCACACAAUGGACCAACACUUUCUUCCGCUAUCCAUCACAGAAGUCUGAAACCAUGAGGCUGGAGAGUGGAAAGCCGUACUACAUUGAGGUCUUGUAUCAAGAGUGGGGAAGUGUUGCCUCAGUUGACGUGGGACUGUACAAAGAGAACAGCACUUUUACUGCUCAGCAGACUGUAGACGCUGUUAAUGAGAUCCAAGUAAUAAACUCCAGCUCUGACGUGCUGAAUGAGAUUCAGACGAUUGCUUUUAAUGGCUGGAGUUCUGUUACACCAGUCCAGGAGGUGCAAACAGUGACUAUAAGCAGUGACUGUUUUUCUCUGGGCACCUGUGACUACACCUAUUACAGUCUUGGCAACGGAGCAAGCAGAACAGGGAUAAUCCCCGUCAGUGCACCUGCUCAGGUGUUACAGGAUGAACUGAAUGCUCUUUGGUUUAUUAAACCAGACACCGUCAUUGUCACAAAGCAGCAGCUUACUGAACAGUCACAAUACACCAUCACUUACAAUUCAAACAGAGGUGACUUUCAGAAUCUUCAGUACUGGACAAAUGGAGCAAAUGUAAACAUCACCAUUACGGAGAUAACUAAAGGAAAAGCAGAUCUGAAAAACUUCACACUGGUGUGGGGAGGAAUCCCAUCCAGCCCUCUGCCUUACAAUGCAUCUGCAACUGAGGUGACUGCUGCACUGGUGGCCAUGACAUCUGCUGGUUGUCCCAAGGAGCUGUUAAAUGUGGAAAAUUCUGCUGUUAAAUAUUUCAAAGACUAUGAGACUAACAUUACAGGGUUCUCAGGUGAUAUGAGCAUAAGAGGGACGAGGGUCGCUAAAACCGAGGCUUUCUGUGGAUCCUGGUCUCUGAUGAACCCAAACGUUGUGUUUAUGUCAGGUGAUAUGACUGCAUCCGGAGCAACUUAUGGGCCUGUGCUACUUCAGCAGUAUGGCACAUUUUGCUUUGCAUACAAAGGUUACCUAAAGAAUGGACUGGAAUUGGUCUUUACCUACCAGAAUACUUUAGGAACUGUCACCCAAGCUACUUUUGUAAUCCCAGUAUCGUUCGAGCAAGGAAAUAUAUGGAAAUAUACCUGUGUGGACCUUUUAUCUGGUCUGCAGAGAAACUACCAGGGCAGUAAUUACCAGCUUCUUCAAAUCAGUCUGUAUAAAGACACAGGGGAUUACUACAUAGACACAGUUCAGCUCGGAAAAACGGUCACUGUGAUCGACACAAAUGUUGCUGUUAUGAAGAGAAGACGUCCAGCUCUGGCUGAUUCUGGUUAUUUCAUUGAGAGACUCUCAGUGGAAAAGCUGGCCAAUACAUCUGAUAUCACCUACAAGAUCACUGUCUCUCCAUACAACUGUGCCUUUAAUUUUCCUCUGCUAGAGAUUGGUUUCAUGCAGACAAUAAGCACUAGUCAGGACACUCUAGUGCUGGCUCAGGACAAUGCCACUGUCAAUGUGACAUGCUUGCAGAGAGCCAGUCCUCCCCUCACUGGCACCUUCAGUGUGGGAAUCUUCGGCCAGACAGUGAAAGAUCUACCGGUGAACAUCAGUGCAGACAACCUUAAAUAUGCUCUGCAAGGCAUUCCAGAGCUGGGCAUGCUGAGUGUCACUAGUACUGGAAACUGUAAAGGAUACCUUUGGGAAAUUAAUUGGCUCACCAUACCAGGAAACCAACCCCUACUGCAGGUCAAUGACUCUGGGGUAGUAGGUCUGAACCCCUCUAUAAAAGCGCAGGUUAAGCAGCAAGGAGGCCUUCUGAAGCAAAGCAUCAUAGGAGAUUCCCUGCGUGUGCCUACAAAUAAAACACAGGUACAAGUGUUUAUCAAUGGUAUCCCAUCAAAGUGCUCAGGUGACUGUGGCUUUGCAUGGGCUGAAUCCAAGACCCCGAUUGUAACAGGCAUCACCCCAACACAAGGAGCAAGCACUUUAGGAACCAUUCUCACCAUCUCAGGAUUGGGAUUUGCUGACAGCAAUGCUUCGGUACAGAUCGGAAAUGUCCAGUGCUCAGUUCUUCAGGUUGCAAAUACAUCACUAACCUGUCAAGUAGGCCCUGCAAGCGCUGGGUUGUACCCAGUCACUGUGAGUUUCCCUACAUUGGGUAACGCUUACUAUAACAGCAGCAACAACUUCACCUACAAGAUGGGGGUGAUCUCCAUAGCACCCACUGCAGGCAGUGUUACUGGGGGCACAAUCAUUACCGUUUCUGGUUAUGGAUUCAGCCAGGACACUACAGCCACUAUUGGAGGUGUUCAAUGUGGUGUAAUUGAUGUGAACCUCUACCAGCUCUUGUGCAGGGUUCCUGCUGGAACAGAAGGGGCACAAGAAGUGACCCUGAUAACAGGCAACACUCAGGUCACAUCUCCAGACCCUUUUAUAUAUAACACCAGCCUGACAGCCACAAUAACUGGAGUGAGCCCACAAACUACAAAUGUCUAUGGAAUCAGGUUUCUCACCAUCAUGGGUUCAAACUUUGGUGGCCAGAUCAGUGGAAGCUCGGUCCUCACUGGUGGUGUAGUCUGUGAGGUGCAGCAAUGGACAGACACUUUGAUUACCUGCCUGUUACCCAUACUUCCCCCUGGAUUGUAUGACAUCAAAGUUAUAGUGGGGAACCAGGGCUUUCCCCUAAUCAGUUCUGGUGUGAACACCACCAUAGAGUACAUCUUACAGGUGACAGACGUCUCCCCACAGCAUGGCUCUCUGUUCGGAGGAACCACAGUAACCAUCACAGGUUCUGGAUUCAGCCCUGUUCUGGAAGACAACAAAGUUACAUUAGGUGACACAGUCUGCAAGGUGACUGCUGUCUCAAUCAAUCAGCUGCAAUGUGUGACCCAAAUGCCGAAACAAACAUAUACGGUCACUAACCAAGGCAUCGACCCAACCUUUGGUCAGGGGUAUGCGUGGAGCCCGGCUACAGUGAUAGCGUCCGUAGGGGACACAGUGAUCUGGAGAUGGCAGGCUCCAGCCUUUGUUCAAGGCCUUGGAUACAGAGUGUUCAGCGUGGACAAUCCUAGCAGCACAGUGUUUGAUGGUGUGACCUUCAACAGUGGAAACUCCAAAACAGCCACUGCGUUCUUCAGUUAUUGUUUCACAGCUCCAGGGGUGUACUAUUACAGCAGUGGCUAUAUUGACUCGGCAAACCGGACCAGCAUGCAGGGCGUGGUGAUCGUCAGGCCGCUAGAGGAUAGAAGCCCUGACCUAAAUGUUACUGUAGCAGGAUUUCAAGCCCUACAUUAUCAAGGCCCUGUAGGUUCAACACGUCUGAGCCGAUCAACGUCUAACUGUAUGGCCUCUCCUGCAUGCUCUGCCUCUAACACAAUCUCCAACAGCCAAUCCUUCAGUUUCUCCAGCUGUUCCAGCCCCAUUGUCAACUCCAUCUCACCUGAUCAUGGCACAUAUCAUGACCCCAUCAUUAUUCAAGGCUCAGGCUUUAGCGACAUUACCUGCACCAUUGAGGUCACGAUUGGAAACUCCUCAUGUAAUGUCAUCAACAGCACCUCCACUAUGAUUCAGUGCCUCCUCAGCUCUGACAGUGGAGCACCUGUAGGUGUCCUUUUGCCUGUUCAAGUCCAGGUCAAUAACCUGGGCACUGCACUGCUUACAAUGCCGAGUGAAUCUGCCCGCCGUUUCGCAGUCAUGCCUGUGUUGGACUUAGUCUCACCAGCAGCGGGAAGCACAACCGGUUACACACGCCUCCUUCUCACUGGCUCUGGUCUCACUGCAGGCAUAGUUACAGUAGCUGGCUAUCCAUGUAUCACAGUAUCCAGCAAUUACACUCACAUCAUAUGCGACACAUCUCCGUCCCCACCUCAAAUAGGAAAUGUUGCUGUUCAAGUGGGUGGAAUCUCUUCACUCUGCAACACUGACUGUUCAUUUCAAUAUUCUGCCUCCCUGGUCCCAAUAGUUUCCUCGGUUUCCCCCAGUUCUAUUAGUGGAAACCAAACAACUGUCUUUGUAUCUGGCAGUGGCUUUGGCAGCAGUCUUGAUAAUCUCAUGGUGUAUGCAGACAACAUAAUGUUGGAGGUUAAAGAAGUCACAGACAGCAGUCUCACGCUGCUAGUUGGCCCUCUGCCGGCAGGACCUCAUGCCCUAAAGGUGAUUGUCAUGAACAAAGGGCUCGCAUCUGGAAAUGCCACACUUACUAGCCAGGCACUGGCCAGUCUACAGCCCAGUUCAGGCAGUCUAGCAGGAGGAACACUGCUGACAAUCACAGGCAAUGGAUUUGCAGCAGGAAACACUAGUGUAAUGCUUGGACCAUACCCAUGCACCAUAGUGACUGUAACUCCUGUCAUGGUGACUUGUUUGACAUAUGCCUUUAAUGAAACACAGGUACAGGUCAAUAUCAAGGUGUCUGGAGUGAAUUAUCCACCACGAAGCUUCAACUAUACUCGCAGUCAAACUCCAAACAUCACCAUGGUUAGCCCUACGACAGGUCCCAGUGGAACAGCGAUCACAGUCUCAGGCUCUGGCUUCGGCUCAGACGCUGCUCUUGUUGCUGUGAGGAUAGAUGGUGCGCCAUGUAAUAUUUCAUCAAUUACGGACACGUUGAUACAAUGUAUCGUGGGUGAGCAUGCAGGAGGAACAUUCCCAGUCACAGUGUAUCAUCAGGUCAAAGGUUACGCUGUGACCCAGGCUACCUUCAGCUACGAGCUGCGAUUGAAUCAAGUCGUGCCUAACGAAGGAAGCUAUGGCGGCGGUGCAGUAGUAGCAGUCCAAGGCUCUGGGUUUGACCCUAACUCCUCUAAAGUUCUGAUCUGUAAUAAAGAAUGCAGUGUCAACAAAAAUGCAUCAAGUUCUACAAAUCUGUACUGCAUGGUUCCACAAAACAAUGGAACUCAAGCGGAGCUGUCAUGCACAGUGGUAGUCCUGAAUAGCAAUGGAUCAGUCAACAUUACAAAUGGCUACACUUACAAAACCAGCCUGACGCCUGUCAUCACAGAUGUGUCGCCUCGCAGAGGAGGAACAGCCGGAGGCACUUUGCUUACAGUCACCGGCUAUGGUUUCAGUGGAGGGAAUGUUAGUGUGACGAUCGCAGGGUCGGUGUGUGAUGUCCAGUCAGCCAGUGAUACACAGGUCAUCUGUGUGACCAAUUCCCAGCCCAAGUCCCAGCUGACCAAGGUCCUAGUGAAUGUUGGAAACAGAGGAAUUGCCCAGACGGAUCGUGCUGACUUCUUUUACAUUGAUGUGUGGUCAUCUCGGUACACAUGGGGAGGUCAGUCCCCCCCUGAAGCAGGCUCGUUUGCUGUGAUCACUAAAGGCCAGACGAUCCUUCUGGAUGUCAGCACACCAGUACUGAAGAUGCUACUCAUCCAAGGUGGAAAGUUGAUCUUUGAUGAAGCAGAUAUCGAGCUACAGGCAGAGAACAUUCUCAUCACAGAUGGUGGAACUCUUCAGAUUGGAACAGAGGACACACCGUUCCAGCACAAGGCCAUCAUCACACUGCAUGGCCACCUUCGAGCUCCAGAACUCCCUGUCUAUGGGGCUAAAACCCUGGGGGUCAGAGAGGGAGUGCUGGACUUGCAUGGUAUCCCUAUCCCUAUCACCUGGACUCGCCUUGCCCAAACUGCUAACAAUGGUUCCAGUACUCUUACUUUGAUGGACGCAGUUACCUGGAAAGUAGGAGACGAAAUUGUCAUUGCUUCAACAGGUGCCAGGCACAGCCAGCAGCAGAAUGAAGUGAGAAAAAUUGCAUCUGUGUCAUCUGACGGUCGAACCUUAACUCUGAACAAUCCUUUGAAUUACACCCACCUUGGGGUAGCUAUCACAUUACCUGAUGGCACUGUGUUUGAAGCAAGGGCUGAGAUUGGCGUGCUCACUAGAAACAUCGUUGUCCGUGGCUCCAUUAACAAAGAAUGGAGUGAUUUAAUCCCAGCAUGUCCUGAUGGGUUUAAUACAGGGGAGUUUGCCACCCAGACUUGUUUCCAAGGAAGAUUCGGGGAAGAAGUUGGAAGUGAUGAAUUUGGUGGCUGCAUUAUGUUCCAUGCACCUCGGCCUGGUGAAAAUCUGGCUAUAGGAAGAAUUGAAUAUGUUGAGAUAUUCAAUGCUGGCCAAGCCUAUCGACUGGGUCGCUACCCCAUCCACUGGCACUUGAUGGGAGACAUUAAUUUCAAGUCUUAUGUUCGUGGCUGUGGCAUCCACCAAACCUACAACCGUGCAGUCACCAUCCAUAACACACACAGGCUGCUGGUGGAGCGUAAUGUCAUCUACAACAUCAUGGGAGGAGCCUUCUUCAUUGAGGAUGGCAUUGAGACUGGCAAUGUCCUGCAGUACAACCUGGCUGUGUUCGUUCGUCAGAGCACCAGCCUACUGAACGACGAUGUGACACCAGCUGGCUACUGGGUCACCAACCCUAACAAUACCAUCAGGCACAAUGCAGCCGCUGGAGGAACACACUUCGGCUUUUGGUACCGAAUGCAUGACCAUCCAGAUGGCCCAUCUUAUGACAGUAACAUCUGCCAAAAGAUGGUGCCUCUGGGUGAGUUUUACAACAAUACAGCCCACUCACAAGGCUGGUUUGGCCUGUGGAUCUUCCAGGAUUUCUUCCCCAAGAAAGCCGGAAAGUGUGGCUCUACUAUACCUCAGGCAGCCGUGUUCCGCAAACUCACAUCCUGGAACAACGAGAAAGGAGCGGAGUGGGUGAACGUAGGAGCAGUACAGUUUAACGACUUUCUCAUGGUGAACAACGAGGUGGCAGGAGUGGAAACCAAGCGCAUCAUCCAGCAACAUGUAAGCGGAUGGGGACUAGACACAGGCGCUGGACUGGUCAACAGCACUUUAGUGGGUCAUGUAGAUGAGCUUGGCCUGGGUAGCGACUAUUGUACCAGCCAUGGGAUUGUCCUGCCCCUGGACGAUGGCAUGAGUGUCCUCAACACCAAAUUUAUUAACUUUGACCGGCCAAAUUGUGCCAUAGUUGGGGUGACGACUAUACAAGGAACCAGUGGCAACUUUUGUGGGGGCUGGGAAGUCAAAUUCAGUGGAAUCAAAUAUUAUCAGUCACCCAACAAGGCUACCUUUAGAUGGGAACAUGAAGUUGUUCUGGCGGAUGUUGAUGGAUCACUGACAGGUAAUCCUGGCUACAAGGUAUUGCCAAAGAGUAACCUGCUGGAUCCAGCCCACUGUUCAGACAAUGCUUCAUGGAGCUUAGGCUUCCCUGGUACAGUGUGUGAUAACACAAUAAAGUUCCACCGACUGGGGAUUAAUUCUUCAUUACCCUCCUCACUUUUGUUUAAGGAUCUCAUACUCACCAAUACACAUGGGUCAAGUGUUGUUCCCUUUGCUGAUAAAUUGAUUACCCAUCGCAAUGGUUGGAUGGCUCUGCUUCCAACUGACAAAACCUACAACUGGUACUUUCGCAAUGCUUCGCAAAUUAGCAACAUCUCAUAUAGUGCAGUGUUUUAUGGCUUUAAGUCUCCGGAUUAUAUGAUUAUAAAUCACAAUCUGACUCAGAAUCCUGACCAGGUGUCUGUGGUAGACAAUAGAAAUGGUUCAAACAGUCCCUUGGAUCCUAGUGUGAAUAUAAAUGGAGACUGGUACAUGAACAAGUCAUCCAACGACCUCUACUACAUUGUGUCUACCAAAACGUCUGCUGCUAAUAGACGGCGGAGGAGUAGCGUGGACAGAUCAACCACAGACAUCCCAGUGGCAUUCAAAGUUUAUAACUGCUUCUACACCAACUGCGCACCACCAGCAACAAACACCACCACACCAAUGCCCAAUGGCCGACCUUCCAACUUCAUUCUUUGGUCCAAUCAGUCAUUUUGGCAGUCAUCUGCAGAGAAUAACUUCACUGUACCAAAAGAAGGUGCCACUAUUGUCAUUCCCUCAGGCAAGUGGGUGAUUUUAGAUACCCUAAUUCCACCCUUAAAGAACCUCACAGUGAUGGGAGUCCUGGAAAUUUUAGACAACAUCACUGUCAUAUCCAAUAGCACCACGCGCAUUCUUGCUCAGAACAGCAGCAUUGUCCUCAAUGCUACUUACAUCUCCAUCCUGGGAGGCCGUUUGAUUGCUGGUUGGCCUGACCAGCCCUUCAGCAGACAACUGCAAAUUAUUCUGAUGGGAAACCAGCACACGCCUGAAUGGCCUCUGCCUGAGGGACAAAACCAAGGAUCUAAAGUGUUGGGUGUGUUUGGUGCUCUUGAUCUCUAUGGCAUGCCACACAAAGUUUACCGCACUAAACUGGCCAAAACUGCUUGGGCUGGCUCCAACUCUCUCUCACUUCAGGAGGCUGUAGACUGGCAGGCAGGGGAUGAAAUCGUGCUGUCCACCACCAGUUAUGACCCAUGGCAGACAGAGACUCGCACUAUAUCAGCAGUCACCAACAACGGCUUUACACUGACCUUGGAUCAGCCGCUCAAUUACACACACAUUGGGGAGACCUACACAGCGCCAGGAACAACCAAGAAUUACAGUCUGUCUGGUGACGUGGGUCUGCUGAGCAGGAACAUUAAGAUCAUUGGUGGAGAUUACCCAGAUCUUAUCAGUGAAUCAUUUGGAGCCAGAGUGUUAGUGGGAUCCUUCUCCUCCGGAGGAUUCAACUUCAGAGGAAAGGCCCAGAUUAGGGAUGUGGAGUUUUACCACACUGGUCAGGAAGGAUGGAAAGACAGCAUCGAUCCUCGCUACUCUGUGGCUUUCCUCAACCUGGGAAUGGUGAGUCAGAAUGAAUCUUAUAUUAAAGGAUGUGCGUUUCACCACGGCUUUUCCCCCGCUAUCGGAAUCUUUGGAACAGAUGGACUGAGCGUUGAUGACAAUGUCAUUCAUCACACUGUAGGAGAAGGAAUCAGAGUGUGGGGCAAUAACAUCACAGUCCGUAGGAAUCUGGUCACAAUGACACUGUGGCCAGGAUCAUACAAUGGAAGACAAGAGACCACAAAUAUCAACUGGCCUGCAGCUAUUGAGGCUAACAUGGGCACUAAUGUAGUUCUUCAGGGCAACACUGUUGCUGGGUAUGAAAGAGUAGGAUUUCGAAUCAAUGGAGAACCGUGUCCAGGAUCUUCGAAUCCAGUGGCUCAGUGGCAGCAGAAUGAGGCUCAUGGUGGCCUGUAUGGAGUCUAUAUGAAUGAAGAUGGACUUCCUGGCUGUUCUCAAAUCCAGGGAUUUAACGUCUGGAAAAGUUUUGAUUAUGGCAUUUACUUCCAGGUGUACAUGAGUAUUGUGGUUUCUAAUGUGACCCUUGCUGACAAUGGUAUGGGCAUCAUGCCGUUAAUCUAUGAGCCCCCUUCAUCCAGCCAUGAAUACUCAAAUAAAACCGUCCUAAUCAAGGAUUCCUUAAUUGUUGGCAGUAGUCCCAACUUCAACUGCUCUGACGCGCUGCGAACGAAUGAUGUCAACAUCGCUAGCAGUCUAGGACACAGGGCACCCCGGCCUCUUAAUGGUGGCAGGACUGGAAUAUGUUGGCCAACAUUUGAAUCUGCUCACAAUCAUGCUCCAAUGAAACCCCAUGCUGGACUCAUGAGCUACAACACGAUUAGCGGACUCCUGAGUGUCACAAAUACCACAUUUGUUGGGUUUAGGGAUGUGUGUUUAGGUGAAACGAACUACAUGUUUUUCACCAAUCCACAAAAUGAAGACCUGCAACAUCCUAUCAAUGUUCAGAAGAUCACUAAGAGUAACAGCACAGAGAAAGCUCAAGUGUUCAUUCAUAAUCCAGACCUUGGCAAAGUUAACCCAUCUGACUGUGUGGAUAUGGACUGUGAUGCCAAGAAGAAGAGCAUGCUAAAUGACCUGGAUGGUAGUUUCCUGGGAGCAGUGGGGUCAGUGAUUCCCUUUUCUGAGUACGAGUGGGAUGGGGAUCCCCGACACGGGUUGGGAAACUAUCGUAUCCCUAAAGUCAUGCUUACUUACCUUAAUGGUAGCCGUAUCCCUGUAGCAGACAUUGCCCCAUUCAAAGGUGUGAUUCGGGACUCGACCUGCACAUAUUUGAGUGCCUGGCAGGCCUACAAGUGCUUUGGGAUGAACUACAGGAUGCUAGUGAUCGAGAGUCUGGAUUCAGACACUGAAACCAGACGUCUGUCCCCUGUAGCUGUGCUGGGAGGUGGCUAUGUAGACCUGCUGAAUGGACCACAGGACCAUGGCUGGUGUGCUGGCUAUACAUGUCAAAGGAGACUGUCUAUCUUCCACAGUAUUGUAGCCACAAACAAAUCUUUUGACAUCUAUUUCACUGGGGUGUCCCCUCAAAAACUAAGGCUCAUGAUGCUCAAUGCUGCACCAAAUGAGACUGUCAAAAUGGCUAUAUUUUACUCAAAACCUCAGCGCUUGGAUAUCUAUGUGAAUAAUCAACUAGUCGCUCCAAACAAUGCACAGUGGAAUACAGACAAAACCGACUACACCUUGCUUAAACCUACAUACCCUGGACAAUACGUCCCUGCACUCAACGGCACACACGGCUCCAAUUUCUUCGACCCUGAUUACAAAAUGAUGCAUGUCCUCCUGCGAGGUUCUACCCCUGUUCAGAUCAGCACGUCUCCACUGCUGUUCAUCUCCUUCAACCUUCCAGCCAUGACGGAGGAAGAAUUCUUCGGGGACCAGCUGGUCAGGAACUUGGCUUUGUUCUUGAAGGUUCCUUCCAACAUGAUCCGAAUCACCAACAUUGUGCGGGAGGACAGCGUGGCACGGAGGCGGAGACGCGCCACUGGACUAACGGUGGAGGUGGAGAUCAAACAACCUCCCAGUAACCAGACAUCUGCCAAUAGCACAAGUGACUCAGAUCAGUUCACAGUGUUGAAGACUGUUGCUGACACUCUGGGCCAGGCUGCCGUCUCUGGAGAACUGAGUCAGUCCAUCGGCUUCAACGUGUCCUCAGUGGGUGUCGUUCUUCCUUCUCCACCACCUAGUGACCCAUCCUGGAGCCAGGUGGCGACCCAGGAAGUGACGCGUCAGGAUGCGACAGUGCAGACAGUGAGCAGUGUGUCUGCUCUGAAGGUGGUGGUGGAGCCAGUGGCAGGGCUUUACCCUGGACUUCUCAGUGUACAGCCUGGAAUCAUGGCUGUGGACCAGCAGGGGGAGUGUGUAUCAGUUGGGGUGACAACACUAACGAUUUCAGCCAUGCUUAAAGACACUCAUGGAAACCCAGCAAACGGCUUGUCUGGAAACACAACCAUCCCCUUCCAAAGCUGCUGGGCCAACUUCACUGACCUGGCCAUCAAUACCACUGUGAAUGACAUGAUACUGGCUUUCACUCUGAAUGAAUGGACAGCACAGUCCAGAUCCUUCUCUGUCGGCUCUUUGACCACACCUUCCACCACCAAAUCCACCACUACGGAAAGCACUCCUGACGACUUUAACAGCAUCUUUGACUCCAGUCCUGCUUUUACAACACAAGCUGCCUAUAUAAUAAUACUGAGUGUCCUGCAUCUAAUAUACACUGUGGUUUUGGAGAACAACUGACCUCUGUUAUAAAUGUCUUGAUGACAACUAUAUAACUCAAUAUGUUUUCUAUAUAUAUAUUAUCUUUUCAUGAAUUGCUAAAUACACUAAAAUUUCAUCUAUAUUUUGUCAUAUUGCUACAAAAUAUUCAUUCAUUCAUAGAUAAUCAUGAUUAAUAAUAAUUGUAGACUACUGUACAUUGAAUCCAUUCAUUUUAGUUCAUUUCAUUUCCAUAGAUUUCUGCCACAGAGAUAUUAUUUU